GGUGAAAUGCAUGGGGCCGCCAUCGACAUCGACAUGGACUCCCCCUGGAGCAGCAGCCGAGCUCUUUGGCGCAGAGAGAGAGAGAGAGAGACCCAAGCCAAGUGAAAAUUCGUUACAGUUGUCGAUUCAUCAAACAAGAUAAUUUGCUGUAGACAAAGCCAAGACAAUGGGGGCCGCAUAACAAGGUGAGCUGUGAUAAGCAACACGUUGGUCCUAUCAGAGUACGGAUCUUCCAAUUAACUGACCAAUAAAGACCGGCUUGGGAUCUUUUAAUUUGUUCAAUAGUGCAGACUCACGCCCCCCGCCACCGCCCCCGAUCGAGCGAGUUGUGGUAACAAGUACUCCUAUUGGCAUUGCCUAGCUGCAUGCAACACGCACAAUAGACACCUUUUUGUAAGCAACAACGGGGGGCUAAUCAACUUCAAACGGCGUACAAUUGUUACCGAAUAUCAGUUUUUGACAGGCGGCUUGUUUUUUUCUGGGAUGGGAAUGGCAAAAACACUGGACGGGAAAUGGAAGUGAAGAUUACCGAGAACCCAAGUUUGAUUGAAUGCAAAAUGAUUGAAUCUUAUUGAACGAAUGUUUCUGGUGCACCAGGCAUCGGGGCACUUAACAUCCAUCAAAACACUAAACGAGGAUUAUUUAGAACGGCAGAAACAGCAAGAGAAACAGCAGUAACAGCAACAAGUUGCAUGCAACAACUGCCGGUUGACAUAUGAGCAACAGCAGCAGCAGUCGCAGCAGCAGGCUGAAGAAGCAGCUAAAAGAAGAAAGGAACUUUUGCCGCCACACCAAGUACCUCCAAGCCCAAGGAGCGGCUACUACACAGAACUUUCGGACCUAACAAGCAGCCAGCCAGCCAGCCAGAGAGAGAGAGGGAGAGAGCCGGCCCAGAAUUAUGUAACAACUGCAGCAAAUGCAGUUGCAGUUGCAGUUGCACCGGCACUGGUACUGGCACUGGCACUGGCCGCAAAUUUGCAAGUCAAGUCACUGGAGAUGUCACUCCGCGGAUAGACACUCCGGACAGCUUGAGCAAAGCGCUGCCGCCGCCGCCGUUGUGCGGCCCGUUCCACAAUGGCAACCGUUGCCGUUGGACUUAAUCUUAGCAUGAUUGUGCAAUAUUUGUGGAGUGCGGUACUGCGUCCGUUGUCCUGGCAAGGUUGUUAUGGACGCACCGCUGUUUGUUUGUGCCUGUAAACAUGUGUGCAGACAGUCGAGAAAACCCGCUAACCCAUCCACCGACCGCUUAUCCAUCACACCCUUGAGUCUUGAGGAGCCUGCCUGGAGGAUGAUCUCACGCCGCGACAAAUUGCUACAGCAGCCCUGGGAGCAGCUACGCUAUGCCCAGCACCGCGAGAAGGUGAUGUCUGCCCGCCCGGCCAUCGAUACGCAUACGCCGCGCAUCCACGAGCACGUCCAACGCAAGUGGAAGAAACAGCAGAACGAGCGAGAGCGUCAGCAGCAGAUCGAGCGUGAAAAUCUACGGCUGCUGCAGAAGCUGGGUGACAUCAUGAGAACGAAACGAAUCAACAAUCUCUGGCUGGAGCCGCCACCCAAUUUCCUGAACCGCGAGAAGCAAUUUUACACACGUCCCUACUCCAGUCUGCCAGAGAUUGUCACCAUUUAUGGCAAUCAGCCGCCGGGUCCGCAGAUCUACGGCACGCUGCCCAAGCCCACAGUGGUGGGCCGCUGUCCCACCUGCAGUGGCAAUCCGGAACGUACCGAGGUGGCCAUACCCGAGCAGCGUACGCCCUGGGCACCGCCUCGGAAGUCCUGGAACCGCAAGACCCAGCAGCCGCUGCAGCAGCAACGUUGCUACCACUGCGGAUCUUUCAAGAGCACCGAGCGGAAGUUUUUCGAGGAGUACUCGAACUCGUACUCCUACUCCUUUGACGGGUGAUGAAGCGACGAAACAAUUAAUAAAAUGAAAUGCACGUUUA